UAAGAGACGAGUUAAUACACUUAACUAAAUUAGACAUUUAAAUAAAAUUAAAAUGAGGAAAUUGAGGUUUCACGAGAAAAAGCUGCUCAAAAAAGUUGACUUUUUCUCUUGGGAGUCCGACAACAAUUUACACGAAGUUAAAGUAAUGCGAAAAUACCGAAUACAAAAACGGGAACAUUACACCGCGUACAACAAGCUAAGCAGGGAAGUGCGGACAAUAUGUCGGAAGAUAAAAGACUUAGAUCCAAAAGAUCCAUUUCGAGUAAAAUCUACAGCGGAUUUAUUGGAAAAAUUAUACAAAAUGGGAAUAAUUCCAACGAAAGAAAAUCUUGUACUCGCUGAUAAAAUAACUGCUUCGUCUUUCUGUCGGAGAAGGUUGCCGGUUAUUAUGGUGAAGUUACGAAUGGCUGAAACUCUUAAAAUGGCAACAACUUAUAUUGAACAAGGACAUGUGAGAGUUGGUACCAAUGUUAUCAUGGACCCUGCAUUUCUAGUUAGCAGGAGUCUUGAAGAUUUCGUAACUUGGAAAGAAACCUCUAAAAUAAGAGAGAAGAUAAGAGAGUACAAUGAUGAACGAGAUGACUUCGAUUUUGUUUGAUAUUUUUUUUAGAUAUGUGGUUUAUUCAUACAUGGCAAUGAAGUUUUAAAAGAGCACAUUAAAACACAACAACGGUGGCAAGAGAAAUAAAAGAUUAAAAUUCCAGCUUUCCUUUGGGAUCUGGCAUUGCAAUGUAGGAUUCAAUUUCUGUGUGUUGUUUUAAACCUUCAACAAUUUGUGCUGCAGAAGGCCGAUCUUCAGGUGCAGACUGACUACAAGCCCAGAACAAUUCAAUAACAGACUGGUACGCAAUGUCGUACUGGUAAUUUAGUAAUGGAGGCCUUGUUCCUGUAACACAGCAAUUUUUAUUUAAAAUUGUGCCUAUUUAGUUUUGGUGUUAAUAUAUCAGUGCAGCAAAUGAAACAUUAAAUAAACCAAAUUUUACCCAAA